CUUUUCCUUUCCUCAGCAAGACGUCCGUUGUCAUCGUCCUCGUCGUCGCCCACAUCGACGACACUCGUCCCGUCGCCGCCAUGCACGACUUCUUCACCGGCGCCUUCGGCCAGCCGUCGUCGUCCACCACCGCCACCCCCGCCGACCAAGCCUUCGUGGACGCCGUCGUCUCGCGCUUCGGCGUUCCCCCGCUGCUCACCGCCCGUCUCCCCGACUCUCCCAAGGGCUCGGGCCCAUCGAUCCCGGCGUUCUCCUUCCCCUCGCGGCCAGCACCACCUCUCUCCGCGCCGUCUAAACCACCCGUGCCUUCAUCGCCCGCGGCCCCAGCCCCCGCCGCGUCCUUCACCCCCGUCCGCGUCGCCGAGCUCCCCGACAGGCUCGCCGACCCGCGCACGCUCAUCCUCGACAUCCGGCCGCACGCGGCCUACACCAACGGCCGUCUUCCGCGGGCGCUCUCGCUCUCGGUGCCGUCCACGCUGCUCAAGCGGCCCUUGUUCAACAUCGCCCGCGUGGGCGAGAUGCUCCCCGCCCUCGUGCGGCGCAAGCUCGAGCGCUGGCGCGAGUCGGACUUCAUCCUCGUCUACGACGCGGACACCAACACCCUCGGCGCCAGCUCGAACGUCAAGGGCCUCCUCGCCAAGUUCCACGCGGAGGGCGUCGACCCCGCGCGGCUCGGCUGGAUCCAGGGCGGCUUCCAGUCCGUCUGGCGCGAGCGCAGGGACUUCGUCGACCAAGAUCCGCCCUCCGACGACGAGUCGGACUCGGACCCGCCCUCGGACCCCACGUCUCCCCAGCACGCCCUGCCCCCGACCCUCUCCCAGCCCGCGGCAGCGGCCCCGUCCCUCCGCGCGCGCGAUCUCCCGAUGGCGGCCUUCUUCAAGUCCUCCACCACCUCGCAGCUCAUGACCUCCGCCGGGCCGCGCGGCAUGACCCCGAACCCGCAGGCGUUCAACCCCUUCUUCGACACGAUCCGGCAGAACGUGGAGCUUUCCCACGGCAUCACCGAGCGCAUCCCGCUGCGCCUCCCGGCGUCGAUCCGGCGGCGGAUCGACGACCUGCCCUUCGAAUGGCUCCGGGACAUCGCGCGCCGCGCGGACGACAUGUCCCGGAGCGACCAGGACGGCGACCUCGACGACGAGGACCCCACGGAGCUGGUAGGGUAUACCGAUUCCUUUCCGAUCCGAGCUGGAGGACAGAGCGCUGACGACCGGACCGGACCGAUUCUUCUUCCCGACGCCGACGCCCGCAAACAGCCCAAAGCGAACGACGUGGACGAGGGCGCGGAGAGCCUCGCGAUGCAGUUUUACAAGAUCGAGCUCGCGGAGCAGCGCCGGCUCACGGGCGUCAUGCAGCAUCACUCGAAGGAGAGCGUGGCCGGUGGCGGUGGCGGUGGCGGUGCCGCCUCGGAGCCGGCCGUCGUCCAGUCGGGCACGUUGGAGCCGCCGGCGCCUCCCCCGAAGCGCGAGUUCCCGUUCAGCAUCACGGCCGGCGUCGAGAAAGGCGCGAAGAACCGGUAUCGCAACAUAUGGCCGUUUGAACACGCCCGCGUGCGGCUGCGCAAGCGAAGGCUGAGUGACGACGAUUACAUCAAUGCGAGCUUCGUUCAGCCGUUGGGCACGACCAAGAGGUACAUAGCGACGCAGGGACCGUUACCGGCGACCUUUGCCGAUUUCUGGACAUUAUGUUGGGAACAGAACGUGCACGUCAUCGUAAUGUUGACGCGAGAGAUCGAGGGGUCGAUGGUCAAGUGCGGCAAUUACUGGACUGAGGGCGUCUACGGCCGCCUGCGUCUCCGACAUAUCGAGACCGUCGGCACACCGUCCGUGUCCGACGCCGCGCACCAGGCCGCCAAUCAGCAUAGCGGCGGUACGGUGAAGAGGGUGUUCGAGCUCAGCCAUAUGGACUACCCUGCCGUGCCGCCGCGGGUGGUGACCCAGAUGCAGUACUUGGACUGGCCGGACAUGAACGUGCCGAGCGACCCGCGCACGCUGUUGGCGUUCGUGAAGGAGGUGGACAGGGUGGAGAAGGCGGGCACGAGGUGGCCGAAGGAGAACAUCGAUCCCCAGACGGGCAUCGCGAGGCACGCGUACGGGCGUCGGCCGGUGCUACUGCAUUGCUCGGCGGGCGUAGGCCGGACGGGAGGGUACAUCGUGAUCGAUGCUGUACUGGACGGGAUUAGGAGGGAGAUGAAGAAGAGGAUGGAGGCGGGCCAGGAGGCGCGACAGACGAGCGAUGAGGAGAAGGAGGCGAUGGACGUGGAUGAGGCCGAGCCCGUGCGCGAGCUCGUCGAGGACAUACGCGAGCAGCGCAUGAGCCUGUGCCAGAGCUUGAGGCAGUACGUGUUCGUGCACCAGGCGAUCAUCGAG